AUGGCUGGAACUUCGUGUGAGCACUUCAUUUCGUACGAGUUCGCGUCGUACAUUUCUGUUCAAUUUGGUGACUUCAACUUGCCGAAAGGAGACUUUGUAACCAUCCGCUCCCCUUAUGAAAAAAUUACAGUCUCACACACGUACACAGGUAGAGGUCGUGAUAAGAGCGGGACCUUUGUCGCCGCUUUCGUCCCGGGCGAUUCCGUGAUUGUAAUAUACAAGUCCAAUAAAAUAGAAAAAUCAGGUCAAGGCUUUCGUAUUACUGGAUUCUCGCGAGGAUAUCCGAAAAUGCAACACGAAUCAGUUUGUGGUGACGGAGACCAGUCACUUCCUGCCAAAUGCUACGCCCCAGGCACCAAUUUGUCCCAAGAGCUACCCCACGCUUAUAAAAAGGCACGUGCUGUUGCUCGUCUACUUGUUGACGGUGUCUUUAUGUGUACGGGCUGGCUUGGAGGAAGUGAAGGUCACUUGUUUACAAACUACCACUGUUUUGAACAAAGAGAGUCAAGGCAUUCAAUUGACAUUGAAUUUGACGCGGAAGGUGCGUCGUGUAGUGACCAGUGUGAAACACAAUUCGGAUGUCCUGGUAAAUUGAUGGCUACGACCUUGACGUUUGUUGCUGGCGAUGAGGACAUUGACUAUGCAAUCUUAAAGCUACCAGAUUGUGUCAAUCUCUCUGCAUACGGAUAUCUACAAUUUCGAGAAUCUGGACCGGUAGCGCAUGAAUCAAUCUAUUUACCGCAACAUCCAGACGGGCAUGCAAAGCGCAUUGUUAGUACAAUUGAUGGUGGAGAGAGUACAACAAUUCAUAAUGUUGGAGAAAAUGGAAAGUGUGGAAUCGAUCAGAUUGGUCACGACGCAGAUACUCGAGAGGGAUCGUCAGGUUCACCACUCAUCGCUUCAAGUGAUAAUUUGGUCGUUGGAAUCCAUCACUGUGGUGGGUGUAUGAAUGCGGCAAUUGACGUUCGUACGGUAUUGACAGACUUAGCAAUGAAGAAGAUCACGAUCAAGAACCUCGUGCCGUCAAAAGGUGUUACCCAGAAGAGUCAACUGGCAUGCGCAAAUAUGUCGUGUGUUGAAAAGCAGAAGAAGUCAAAGCAAAACUAG